UCCGGUGAGUGUCACCUGAUUUCCGGGCGCAGCCAACCAGCGGUUCCCGGUGAAACGCUCCGGUUGAACAGUUAUCCCCCGUUCUCCGGGACCUACUUCUCCUGCUGUCGCUGACAGGCGGUGCUUCGGUCGCUCCCAAACAUGGCCUCCAUGACGGAGCGACCGCUUCAACUUUAAUUUUUUCGCCAAUUUUCAGAGCAAAAACCGCCGUUUUUUCCUUCCCCGGUCACCGGGAAUGUGUCACCGGGAACCGGAAUCGCGCCUGGCUGCUGACCCCGAUGUGACCGUUGGGAGGAGUCCGCUGCUGGAGUCGCUCUGAUCGGUUGAAGUUGAAGCUGGAGAGGAAAAAGAGAAUCGCAUCAGAUCAAAUGCCAUCUGAGGCUCAGUCUCAGGAGCCUCGGGACAGAGGACCGGCCCCUCCCGUCACUCGGGCCGGACGCAGCGCUCAGCUGGCCAAAGCCGCCGCCGCCACCAGCCCCGCCCUCGAGAGGCGGCCCGUGGGCGGCCUCGGAAAGAUGGGAGCAGUGGCCGCUCCGCGCCUCCCACCCCCUCCUCCUCCUCCGCCACCACCUCCCCCUCCACCUCCCAAAUCAAGGAAGAAGGGGCGGAGUCGCGGUCGAGCCAAGUUAGAGGACGAAGAGAGCAUGGAUGCCACGGAGAAGAAAACCCCACAGAAGACAGAGGUGAAGGAGAAACCUACAGGACGUCGUCGGUCCACCUCCAGGAGAAAAUCCAACUCAGACCCUGACCCUGACCUGGAUUGUCUCAGUCUGGAACCUGAGCCAGAUCCUGACCUUCCUCCUCCUGACCCCACAGUCCUAGAGUCCAGCCCAGAACCACCUCCCAGUGCUGAGGAGGACAGAAACAGCCCUGCUCCCGCUGCCCUGCUCCCGGCCUCCAGUCCCAGACCGUCUCCCAGUCCCAGACCAUCUCCCAGUCCCAGACCAUCUCCCAGUCCCAGACCAUCUCCCAGUCCCGGGGAAGAACCUCAAAUCAGCCCCUUGCCCCCCUCCCCAUCCCUGAACCUUAGUCCGGCUCACAGCCCAGCCUUCAGCCCCAGACCAGCUCCUGAUCCUGAUCCUGAUCCUGUGGAGGAGGAUGGGUCCGGCUCAAGCCACAGCCCCGCCCCCAUGGAGGUGGACUGCAAUCCCAGCACAGUUCCCAUGGAGACAAAAGGGGGCGGGGAAAGUCCCAUGGAGCAGAGUCCUGCCCUGAGUCCCUGCUCCAGUCCUCCAGCCUCCCCCGGUCCCCGACUGGAGGAUGAGGACUCGCUGUCCCCUCUGUUCCAGCGGUGUCUGUCAGAGGACUCGGGGGGCUCGCCCACCCCAAUCCUGGGACACACCAAAAAACGUCUGAAGCAGUGUGCCUUCUGUUACCAUGGCGACGACCCUCCUCUAGGCCAGGGUCGCCUGGUGGUGUUUGGCCCGACACCCGGCUACAUCCCGCUCCACAUCCUGAACCGCCGCGCCUCUUCCGACCGAGACAACGACUGCCACGACCACUGCUACCGCGGCGACCAGGCACCGCCCACGUGCAGCAGUCCAGAACAGUGUGAGGAGCAGUCUUCCUCAGAGUUUGUGGAGCAGCUCGGACCCAUCGGCCUACCACAUGACAUCGACGUCCAAUCACUGUUUGACCCCACAGGUCAGUGCUGUGCUCACCUGCAGUGUGCGGCGUGGUCAGAAGGGGUGUGUCGCGGCGAGGGCCAAUCACUGCUCUACGUGGACAAAGCCAUCGACUCAGGAAGCACGCAGGUGUGUGUGUUCUGCCGCCGGCUCGGAGCGUCGCUGCGUUGCCGGGAGACAGGCUGUGGGCGGAGCUACCACUACCCCUGUGCUGCUGCCGCCGGAGCUCACCAGGACUGGACCCAGAGGCACACACUGUGCACCAGACACCCAGCGUCCUCGCCGUGUGUGUUGUGCUUGGGCGGCAGUGAUGUCGGCGGUCAGUUGAUAUGUUGUUGCUGUGGUGAUUGUUACCACGGCAGCUGCCUGGACCCCCCUCUGGCCCCCUCCCCCCUGUGCCGGGCCGGCUGGCAGUGUCCUCGGUGUCGAGUGUGUCAGAGCUGCAGGUUGCGAGGGGAUGAUGGUGUGUUGCUGGUGUGUGAAUGCUGUGACAAAGCCUACCACACACACUGUCUCACCCCACCUCUGGAUCACACGCUGAGCACCGGCUGGAGCUGCAAGAACUGCAGAAGAUGCCGCCGCUGUGGUGUGAGGUCAUCGGGCCAGUGGGCCAAUCACCCAUUUCUGUGCGAGUCAUGUGACCUGGCCCUGCCCUGCUCUCUCUGUGACCAUGUCCCCAACCUCUACGCACCACAGGACUAUCUGACUUGUAUCUGCUGCUAUAGGUGUGUCCAUACAGAGUGUAUUGCCCAGGCUGGGGAGGGCAGGGCAGGGUCUGAAGAUUAUGUCUGCUCCGCCUGCAGGCCUCAGGAGGAGGAGCUAAUCCCGCAAAGUCCUACCCUGGCCUCGCCGCUCAGUCCCACACAGGCACCAACCAUUAGCCCUUCACAGACACCAAUUCCAGGUCACACAGAGGUUCCUCCCAUCAGCUCUACCGCUCAUUGCUCAGUCCAGCUCAUCUUUUCAGAGCCAUCACAGAGUCCUACCGAGUCCUGUACACCAUCACAGCAAAGCCUUACACCAUCUCAACCUGACCAAACAGAGCUCCAACAUAGUCCUCACCCUCCUGAACCAACAGAGCUCCACCAUAUUCCUCACCCUGAACCCACAGAGCUCCAACAUAGUCCUCACCCUCCUGAACCAACAGAGCUCCAACAUAGUCCUCACCCUCCUGAACCAACAGAGCUCCACCAUAUUCCUCACCCUCCUGAACCAACAGAGCUCCAACAUAUUCCUCACCCUCCUGAACCAACAGAGCUCCACCAUAUUCCUCACCCUGAACCCACAGAGCUCCAACAUAUUCCUCACCCUGAACCCACAGAGCUCCAACAUAGUCCUCACCCUGAACCCACAGAGCUCCAACAUAGUCCUCACCCUCCUGAACCCACAGAGCUCCAACAUAGUCCUCACCCUCCUGAACCCACAGAGCUCCAACAUAGUCCUCACCCUCCUGAACCAACAGAGCUCCACCAUAGUCCUCACCCUGAACCCACAGAGCUCCAACAUAGUCCUCACCCUCCUGAACCAACAGAGCUCCACCAUAGUCCUCACCCUGAACCCACAGAGCUCCAACAUAGUCCUCACCGUCCUGAAUCAACAGAGCUCCACCAUAGUCCUCACCCUGAACCCACAGAGCUCCAACAUAGUCCUCACCCUCCUGAACCAUCAGAGCUCCACCAUAGUCCUCACUCUGAACCCACAGAGCUCCAACAUAGUCCUCACCCUCCUGAACCAACAGAGCUCCACCAUAGUCCUCACCCUCCUGAACCAACAGAGCUCCACCAUAGUCCUCACCCUCCUGAACCAACAGAGCUCCACCAUAGUCCUCACCCUCCUGAACCCACAGAGCUCCACCAUAGUCCUCACCCUCCUGAACCAACAGAGCUCCAACAUAGUCCUCACCCUCCUGAACCAACAGAGCUCCAACAUAGUCCUCACCCUCCUGAACCAACAGAGCUCCACCAUAGUCCUCACCCUCCUGAACCAACAGAGCUCCACCAUAGUCCUCACCCUCCUGAACCAACAGAGCUCCACCAUAGUCCUCACCCUCCUGAACCAACAGAACUCCACCAUAGUCCUCACCCUGAACCAUCAGAGCUCCAACAUAGUCCUCACCCUGAACCAUCAGAGCUCCAACAUAGUCCUCACCCUCCUGAACCAACAGAGCUCCAACAUAGUCCUCACCCUCCUGAACCAACAGAGCUCCAACAUAGUCCUCACCCUCCUGAACCAACAGAGCUCCAACAUAGUCCUCACCGUCCUGAACCAACAGAGCUCCAACGUGGUCCUCAGCCUCCUGAACCAACAGAGCUCCAACGUAGUCCUCACCAUGAAACCACAGAGCUUGAAACAAGCUCUUCACCAUCUCACCUUGAACCAACGGAGCUCCCACAAAGUCCACCACCAUCUCACCCUGAACCCACAGAGCUCCAACAUGGUCCUCACCAUGAAACCACAGAGCUUGAAACAAGCUCUUCACCAUCUCACCCUGAACCCACAGAGCUCCAAAAUAGUCCACUGCCAUCUCAACCUGAUCAAGCAAACCGAGAAACUAGCCAUUCACCAUUUCAUCUUGAUACUGCUGAGUUCCAACAAAGCCCAGCACCGUCAAACCCUGAUCGAACAGAGCUUGAAACAAACCCUGCCCCAUCUCACUCUGAUCCAACGGAGCUCUGGGAAAGUCCUUUGCCAUUUCAACAUGAUACUGCAGAGCUUCAACAAAGCCCAGCACCGUCUCACUCUGAACCAACAGAGCUGGAAACAAAUCCUGCACCAUCUCACGCUGAUCCAAUAGAGCUCCAACAAAGUCCACUGCCAUCUCACUGUGAUCAUGCAGAGCUCCAACAAAGUCCUGUGGCAUCUCACCCUGAUCCAACGGAGGUCCAGAAAAGUCCACCGCCGUCUCACUUUGAACCAACAGAGCUUGAAACAAGCCCUGCACCAUCUCACACUGAUCAUGCAGAGCUCCAACAAAGUCCACCGCUGUCUCACCCUGAAACUACAAAGCUUAAAGAAAGCCCUGUGUUACUUCACGCUGAUUCUAGAGAACACCAGGAAAGCCAUACCCCACCUCCCCUUAGUCCAGCAGAGCUUCCACAAAGCCCUACACAGUCUCACUCUGGUCCAACAGAACUCCAAAAAACUCAUAUACUGUGCCCAGCUGGUCCUGCUGAGCUACACCAAAGUCCUACUCAUGUGACUUCCACGCAGGCUCAGCACAGUCCUCCCCAUCCUAUUAACACCUCUUCAAGCUGUACCCAGAGUUCCUUAGAGGAUCAGCUUACGACCACAGAGUCUCAGCAGAAUCCAGCGCAAGGUAGUCCCAUGUAUUGUAGCCAUGCACAUUCUCCUCACAGUCCCACCCAGACAGGGCUUAGUUCUACCCGGGUUCAAUCAGGGCCUGCACAGCCUCAGCAAAGCCCUCCACCACACAGUCCUGUGCAGGACUACAUUUCACAGGCACAGCUCGACCGACCAUGUAGUACUAACAUCAUCACACAGCCUCAGCACAGUCCUACACCACGUAGUCCUGCACAAGUUGGCACAUCACACCCACAGAGUCCCACACAGGAUUCUAAACCUACACUGGACCAGGGGAGCCCUGGAUCAAGCAGCCCUGCUCAGCUGCAAUGUUGGGCUGCACAGGACAUUUCUACACUGGACCAGGACUACUGUAGGUCCACUCAGACAGCAAGAAGACACGCCUCACUGACGCCUAUUUCAGCUCCAUGUAGCCCAUCACCGGCCCCACCCAAAGCCACACAGUGUAGUCUGUCACAACCUACAAGCCCAGUAAAGGCCCACUCCUUACAGCCUGUUAGGCCUUCACAGCUUAGCCUUGUUCCUUCUCAACUUGCUACACAGUCAGAAGUCACAAAGGAAUGCACCCAAACCCCAGAGCUAAAGUCCUUGGAGCAGCUGAGCCCUAACCUUGAUGGCCAAACACUGGAAAGUAGCCCCACCGCUAUCCUGUCCACAAUGCCGCCUGAUAGCCAUGGCACAGAUGGAAACCAGCUUGGUCCAGUUAAGAGUAGCACAGUUGGCCCAGACCAUUCAAGCCCCCUUCACGUCCCAGCAAUGCCCACACCAGAAAGCCUUGUUCACGUUAGCUCUUCAGUGGAACACAGUAGCCUAAUCUGCUCACCUUGUGCUGAUAGAACAGAAGAACACAUUCAUCAGAGUCCUUCUUGUGACAGCCCAUCACGCUGCGCAGAAGCUAAUGAAGGUAAAGCCAGUCCCGUACAUAUCCAAAACAGCUUGGCUAGUUCUAGUCCCAAACAUGCCAGUCAAAUGCCUGCUAGCCCUGCCAGCUCUCCUCUGGCCUGUGCCAGCCCUGUGGCAGUGGAGACUAGCCCUGUCCAUGUCAGCUACACUGUUAAACCCUCAAUGCAACCGGCUAGCCCCAUCCACCCCAUCACAUGUCAAGAUGAGGAGAUGGAGGUAUCUGUCGACCAUUUGCUUCAGUUAGAAACUAGUCCCAGUCAUCCCAACUCCACUCUGGGCAGUCCAGUUCAUACUAGCCCAACUCAUGCUAGCCCAGUCCACACAGAAACUAACAGCGAGUACAGUCUGAUGGGCUCCAUGCAUGCUCAGGAGAGAGCUAGUCCCUCUGUUUGUAGUUUUGCAAAGCUCACACAGACGAGCCAAAGUCCCACACAUCCUGGCCAGUCCAGUCCCUCACAUGUCCAAACUACAAAUAGUCCUUCACAGGCUUCUACAGUACAGACAAGCCCCCUGCCACCUAGCUUUAGUCCUUCACACUGUAGGCCGACUGAUACUAGCUCAGCUGGUAGCUCUGUCAGCCACAGUCUGAGCCACAGUGGCCAGACAAGUUCUUACCCUGCUAGCGAAACUGAUGUUAGCGUCAUCCACAGUCCACCUAGGUCUAGUCCUGCUGGUCAAGCUAGUCCUGUUCACAUACAAAGCACCUCUAGUAGUGCCCACUCAGGCCCAGCCCAAAGACAGACUCCCUUAUUAGCUAACACGACACACAGCAGCCCUGCACAUGCUACUGUCGCUUGUGUGAGCCCACCUCACAGUCCAGCUCAGGCCAGUGAAACAUAUCAUAGUCCCCAGUAUAGCCCAGCUCCUGACACUGGAACCAGUUCUGGCCCUGCUGUGGCUAGUGCACAUCUUGAUAUGGUUGCCAGUUCAAUAAUUCAGAGCUCUGUUCUUCCUGUUGUGGUUCAGCUUCUUUCUACAGACAGCAUUAGGCAGACGAGCCCAACAUCUGCCACUUCCCUACCAGAUGACUUAUCUGCUGUUAGCCCCAACCAGGCCACUCUGAGCCAGGUUAGCCGGUCCCCAGCUGGUCCUCCUCAUACCCCCGACAGGUCUGUUGAGAACCAACAAAGCCCUGCCCCGGGAAGCCCUCUCUGUCACAGCUCAGCUGCCCCUGUUGAUGCUACUUCCACUCAGGCUAGUCCGAGCCAUGCUAGUCCCACUCAGGAUAACACUGUGAUGCCUAGCACUAGUGAAACACCCGCUAGUCCUCCACCCUCUGCCCCCUCACAGGUUAGCCCUCCUCAUGCUCCACAACCUCACGCUAGCUCUGGGCACAGUAACAUGGUUGCUAGUCUUGUUUGUGGCCCCUUGCAAUCAGGUGAUGACCCUAGUCCUGUCCCUACCAGCCCUGUGCGGCCAGAGUCUCCUUCUAGCCCUGAUCCUGCCCGUCAUGUGCAGCCAGAGGCUAGUUCCAGUCCUGGUCUUGGUAGCCCAAUUAAGUGCAAGGCUAGCCCUGGACCCCAUUUUGUUAGCUCUGUUCUUGCCACCCUUGGACAGUCUGAAGAAAGCCCAAGUCCUGGUCCAACUAGCCGUGUGCAGCCUGGUCCUGAUCCUGGUAGCCUCUCUGUUUCCAGCCCCCAGCAGUCUGCAGCCACAGUGGACAUAGCCGAGGAGCAGGAGGAGCAGGAGGAGACGGUGCAGCCGAGGAGGACUGAAGAAGAGGGUGAGAUGGAGAGAGAACCUCUGCAGCAGAAGGAGGAAGAGGAGCAGCCUCAACAGACAACAAAGAAGAGGCCAGGAGAGGAGGAGCCUGUUGAGAGUAAAGAAGAGGGAGCAGAACAAGAAAAGGAGGAGGAGGAGGAGGAGGAUCAGCAAAACAGCUCCACUGCAGGAGUCCAGCUGGGAUCUGUCCUGAAUGAAGACUUUCAUAGUCCUCCUCACACUGCUCCUGCCUCCCCACUCCUCCCACAGACAACUCCUCCCUCCCCCCAACCCACCACACCACACUCUGCCUUACCCUGCCAGGAGCCCUCCUACUCCCACUCGUCUUCACCUCCUGCCUCACCACAGUCUCCUCCUCCUAGAGCUGGCUCUCUAGAAGUCUCCCCCUCCUCCCCUCACAGGAUUGCCUUACUCCCCUCUUGCUCUACCCACCCCCUGUCUCCCCCCUCCUCCCCUCUGGAGGACCUCCCCCAAGAGGAGGAACUAACCAAUCAACGAGAAGCUGAGACGGGGAAGAGGGCGGAGGCGGUGCUAGAGGACGACAUGCUUUCCUGUCAUGUGACAUUGGGGGAUGAUGACAGCCAAUCACAGAGCCCGUUUGAACCUGUUGCUGUGGCAACAGAAUCCACCAAAGAAGAGCACCAAUCGCACACUGAGCCUUCAGAAAGGGAGGAGGAGGAGGAGGAGGAGGAGUCGGCAGCUAAUAUGGCAGCUGAUUGUGAAGUGGUAGCCAGGCAACAGCCAAUGAGGAAGGAGCAGGAUGCACAGGAGGAGGAGCAGGAGGAGGUGGUGACUGGUAGGAUGGAUGAAGAGGAGGAGGAGGAGGAGGAGGUGGAGGAGGCGAGGGAAGGCACUGAGCCUGAGGACCAAUCAGAUGUGGAGGAGGAGGACCCAAUGAGUCCCGUGCUGGAACUGGACCACUCUUUAGACAUGGAGGUGAUGGAGCUGAUGACCUCCUCGUCUCCUCCCCCGUCCCUCCUGCACCUCUCCACCCCCAGCCCGCCUCCCUUCUCCCGCCGAGGAAAGGGUCGGACUCUCAGGCCUCCUCCUUGCUCCUCAAGGCCAUCAGAUGACCUCUCCAUCCGUCUGAGGCAGUCUCCCUUCUCCACGGAGGCCUCCCCUGAGACCUCCCCCGCCAGAGCUCCCAUCACCCCACCUCCACUCUCCCCGCUCUCACCUCCUCUCCAGUGCGCCCCCCCUGCAAGAGAAUCUCCAACUCUCUCCAAGCCCCAGGCACCUCCCACCACUGUACUCCCCCUCACCCCUAAAAUCGGUAUGGGGAAACCGGCCAUCUCUAAGAGGAAGUUCUCCCCGGGCAGAGCCAGGGUCAAACAGGGUUCGUGGUGGAGUAAUCGCAGGGCGGUGAGCCCCCCCUCAUCCUCCCAGGAUUCCAUGGGUGAGGGAGGGUGGGACAGCCCUAAGCACCGUCCAGCAGACUCCCCCAUCUGGAGCAUGAGAGUGGGUCGUGGUUCGGGGUUUCCAGGCAGGAGGAGGUCGAGGGGAGGAGGUAUUGGAGGGGGAAGAGGAGCAAGAGGAAGGAGCCGGCUGAAGACUCAGGACAGUCUGACUGUGUCACCUGGAUGUGUGUAUGUGGAGCCGUUCCCGCCGAAGGAAGAGGAGGAGAACUCGAUGCACAACACAGUGGUGAUGUUCUCCACCUCCGACCACUUCACCCUCAGACAGGAUAUGUGUGUAGUGUGUGGUAGUUUUGGUCAGGGGGCUGAAGGCCGACUGCUGGCCUGUUCUCAGUGUGGACAGUGUUACCAUCCCUACUGCGUCAACGUCAAGAUCACGAGGGUCAUCUUGACCAAAGGGUGGCGCUGUCUGGAGUGUACGGUGUGUGAGGCAUGUGGCGAGGCCAGCGACCCUGGAAGACUGUUGCUAUGUGACGACUGUGACAUCAGCUACCACACCUACUGCCUGGACCCGCCCCUUCAUACAGUACCUAAAGGAGCCUGGAAGUGCAAGUGGUGUGUGUGGUGUAUCCAGUGUGGCUCCUCCUCCCCCGGGCUGCACUGUGAUUGGCAGAGUAACUACAGUCUGUGUGGACCGUGCUGCAGUCUGAGCUGCUGUCCUCUGUGUCAGAGACAGUACACACAGGACGACCUCAUACUGCAGUGUCAGCAGUGCGACAGGUGGGUCCACGCAGUGUGUCAGGGUCUAACAACUGAAGAUGAGGUGGAGGUUGCUGCUGAUGAAGGCUUCGACUGCUCACUGUGCCGAACACACGGACGCAGCUCCUACGGGAGGACAGACAGCUUUGAGUCUCCCUACAUGGCUCAGAUCAUCACGAGGAUCAGAGAACCGGACUCAAAGACCUACACUCAGGACGGAGUGUGUCUCACAGAGUCGGGUCUGUCUCACCUUCAGUCUCUGGUUGAACCUCUGACGUCACCGCGCAGGUACCGCAGGUGUAAACCCAAACUGAAGCUGAGGAUCAUCAACCAGAACAGUGUCUCUGUCCUACAAACCCCACCUGACCCCGACCCCCCCACUGAGCAGGACCACAGCAGAGGUGAUUUGGAGUGUGAGAUAAAAUCCGACUCGAGUCCAGAGCGAGACCACGCCCACGAUGAUGAUGUCACCAAGGAGCCUGAGGUUGCUGACGGCAACAAGAAGAGGAAGAGGAAACCCUACCGGCCUGGUAUCGGGGGGUUCAUGGUGCGUCAGCGUGGAGGGAAGGCCGGUCCGAGCAGAAUCAAACUGUGUAGGAAAGACUCAACGGAGACGCUCCUGGGUCGAGACGAAGACGUUUCCAUGGAGACGGUUCCUGCUGCCGACCAGGCGAUGGAGAAGGUGAAGAAGAGGUACAGAAAGAAGAAGACGAAGCUGGAGGAGGCGUUCCCUUCUUACCUCCAGGAGGCGUUCUUUGGUCGGGACCUUCUGGACCGCAGCCGGCAGGCGGACAGGAGGCCGGGGCCGGAGACGCCCGGUGCCAGCCAAUCAGGAGCAGCGGCCGCUGGAUUACCCUCCUCCUCCUCAGGCCUGCCGAUUGGCGCCGUGGCAACCAACGCCAUCAAGAAAACAGGAAUGCUGCCCAUGUCGGAGGAAGCUCUGUUGGAUCUGUCUGAUGUUCUCAACACUGAUCCUCACAUACUGGCCACUGGACACACAGGUCAGUUCCAGGUGGAGCGUUCCCCCUCUCCGUUUGCCGGUCUGGACAUCAGCUCCAUGGCUGACGACCCCUCUUUGACAAGAAGUGGUGGGCGUGGCCAGAGGACGGUGCAGGAGGAGCCUCUGGACGCCAUCUUGAGUCCUGAGCUCGAUAAGAUGGUCACUGACGGUGCCAUCCUCAGCAAACUCUACAAGAUCCCAGAGCUGGAGGGGAAGGACGUGGAGGAGGUCUUCACUGCUGUUCUCAGUCCAAACAGCAGCAACAACCAACCAGAGCAGAGCCAGCACGCACACACUGCUGCUGGGAGCAAGACUAACACACAGCACACAGCAGCCGCUGUGUUUCCUCGUCUUCCGCUGAUGAACGGCCUGAUGGGAGCCGGUCCUCACUUUCCUAACCCUCCCAUGAUGCAUGGCGGCGCCCAGGGUCCAGCGGGCUUUAGGCUGCCCCCUCCCGAGGGUCCCGCCCCCUCUCCGCUCCCGGGCCCAGCUUUCGGGCCGGCCCCGGUCAACCAGGGCUCGGGGGCGGCGCCGGGAGAGGGCGAGCAGGACGCGAUGUCGACGGCUCAGAGGAGCAUGCUGAAGUGGGAGAAAGAGGAAACGCUGGGAGAGAUGGCAACUGUCGCUCCUGUCCUCUACUGUAACACCAACUUCCCCCAGCUGAGGGAGCAGUACCCAGACUGGUCCACCAGAGUGAAGCAGAUUGCCAAGCUGUGGAGGAAGGCCAGCUCUCAGGACCGAGCCCCCUUCGUGCAAAAAGCUCGAGAUAACCGGGCAGCUCAGCGCAUCAACAAGGUGCAGCUGUCCAACGACCCGCUCAAACGCCACCAGCCCUCGCUGCUGCCGCCGCCGCCGCCGCAGCAGCAGCAGCAGCAGCAGCAGCAGCCACCGCUGCCACUGCCAGGGCCUUACGACCCUGUUUCCAUGGAGACAGAAGGGGCGUUCAAGGACCCUCUGAGGCCCAAAGAGUCUGAGCAGGAGCAGGAGUGGAAGCUGAGACAGGGAGAGGUAAAUGACAGAUGGGGAGCCGGUAAGAAGAGGCAGGAAAAUCUCCCCCAAAGCAAAGCCCUAAAAUCACCAACAGAUAAAGAUUGUCCCUACCAGGCAUCUGUAGCAGGAGGUGGAAAAGAGGCUCUGCAAAUGCGUCAGAAGAGCAAGCAGCAGGCGAAGAUAGAGGCGAGUCAGAAGCUGGAGCAGGUGAAGAACGAGCAGCGGCAGCAGCAGCUGCGUCUCUCCGGCCGCCUCUCCCCGGACGCCGGCAGCAGGAGCCCGCUGACGCCCACCGGCGGCACCUCCCCCCUCCAACUACCACUGUCCAGACAGCACCUCCUCCUGCAGGGACAGGCUGACGACGUCUUCCUCAGACCACAGGCUCCUCCCCCCUCCGGUUUCUCCUCGCUCCCUCACUCCCCCCACCCCUCUUCUCCUCUUCACCAGACCCCAUCCUCCCCCCAGAUGUUCUCCCCGCCCUCCUCCCGCCCAUCCUCGCCCUGGGACCCCUACAGUAAGGUAGCAGGAACUCCUCGCCCCACCUCCUCCCAGGCGGCCGGUCUCCCAGCUCCCCCCCAGCAGCAGCAGCAACGUCGCAACUCUCUCAGCGCCUCCCCGGCCCACGAUGCCUUUGGUUCUCCUGCACCGUCCCCGGACUCUAAAACCUCAGACGUCUCCAGGACCCUCAUACCCCAACCAGGACUGCAGCAGAGCAGAGCAGGUCUGAUGAGCCCGUCCUCUGGUCCGGCCCCCGACCAUGUAGUGAGACAUGUUGGUAUCCGCCCUGCUGAGAACUACCAGAGGACUUCCAGCUGCAACGUCCGCGUGGCGCCGGCCGAUUUGUACGGCCGUCCCGGGGAACUGGUCCAGGGCGGGUUGUUUAAAGCUCCCAUGCCCCCCCAGCAGCAGCCUCAACCGGAGGUGUUUGGCAGCGUGGGAGGAGGAGGAAGAAGGGACCCAUCUAGACCCACAGACUUGGGCUUUGCUCUGCCCCAGUCGCAGGACCCCAACUUCCCCUCCAGUCCGCUCUCAGGACUGGGCUCCCCCCACUGCAGCCCCUACGCCCAGACGCCCGGCACCCCCAGACCCGACUACAGCCAGCAGGUCACCGACCCCUUCACCCAGCAUUCACCUUUGACCUCCCGGCCUUCACCUGAUCCCUACACUAACCCCCAGACCCCUGGUACGCCACGGCCGCACUCUGACCCCACAUACCUCGCCACACCGCCGCUGAGACUGGACCAGUACAACCAGCAGUCUGUGAACCGCCGGCCGUCCCCCUCCCACACGAGCAUCGACCCUUACUCUUCCACCCCGGGGACGCCCCGCCCCUCUGUCGCAGAGCGUUUCCCCCGAUCACCGGGGAGUCAGCGGAGCGGUGACCCCUACACCCAGCCCGUCGGUACGCCACGGCCCUCGCCGGAUCCCUACGCCCAGCAGCCCUCCACGCCGCGGCCCCAGAAGGCCCCCGAGCCCUUUAGCCAAGCACCAGUGGAGAGCUUCACUCCUCAGCCUGCAGGGUCCGGUUCCUCCCCAAUGGCUCCGGGACUGUGUGGAGAGACCUUCACCCCGACUCACCACCAGUUGCAGCAGUCUCCAGGAAGACAACAACUACAGCAGGACUCAUUUCCCAGAACCCCCGGCAGCCAGACCCCAAAGCACCCUGGGAUGUUGGAGGAGAGCGGCUUCUCUGGUCUGGCGGGUCAGACUCCGGGUCACGACCACUUUGAGCAGGGUCACAUGACGCCAGGCCUCUCACAGACGGACAAGACAACAGCCAAUGAAAUGGCAGCGUUGGGAGUGGCUUCUUUAGACGGACCAAUGAGCAUGCUGCCUCAGUUCGGUGACUCAGAGGAGAAGCUAAGACAGCGUCAGCGGCUCCGUCAGCUCCUCCUGAGGCAGCAGCAGCAGAAGAGUGCAUUACGACAGGAGAAAGGUCUCCAGGAAUCACCUCCUUCUGGUCCACCUGGACCAGGUUCUACCACACCACGCCACUGGACCCAGGAGGACUCCUCCACCCUUCCUCCCACAGACCCUUUUGGACGUCCCCCACCCCCUUACCCCGGCACGGUGAGGCCCGGUGGGGCUCCAGCCCCGAGGUUCCCGGGAGGUUUCCCAGGGGAGCAGCAGAGGGGCUUCACCCCCAAUGAGGCUCCCCUCCCUAGGCAGAGCCUCGACAGAGAGGUGGGGGUCCGAGGACCCGUCCUCAGGUUCAGUGUUCCUUCAGGAGCUCCAGCGGGUCUCCAGGACUCGUUCUUGCGUCCUCCCCAGGGUUCAGUGCCUGGUUCUGGGCUCAGCGUGGUGGAGGGAGGCCCAGUCCAGAUGAGGAGGCCGAUGCCUGGAGAGUUCACCAGCAUCCGACCCCUCACUGCUCCUGGUGCUCACAUGAUGCCGGGUGUCCCCCAGCCCUUCCUCCCGCGCUCCCUCCCCCUCCAACAGCACAGCAUCAUGGGACAGCCUUACAUCGAGCUGCGACACCGAGCUCCUGAAAAUCGGCUGAGGCUGCCCUUUUCUCUGCCCGCCACCCCGGACCCAGAGCCCGGCCCGGGGGGCCGGAUGGGGGAGCAGAUGGUGAUGGAGCAGCUGAACCAGCAGCACCUCGGCCACACGGCGGCUCUGACGCAGAGCGGCGAGUCCACCCUCCCGGGGGCCGAUGGAAUAGAGGAGCACUUGGAGGGGGAGGACUCGGCCGUGAAGGAUCUGGAGGACGUGGAGGUGAAAGAUCUGGUGGACCUGAACCUGAACCUCGACCCAGAGGACGGUAAAGAGGAUCUGGAUCUGGGCCCGAACGAUCUCCACCUGGAUGACUUCCUGCUGUCGGGGAAGUUCGACCUGAUCGCCUACGCUGACCCCGAACUCAACCUGGAGGACAAGAAGGACAUGUUCAACGAGGAGCUGGACCUGGGAGAGCCCAUGGAGGAGGCGGGAGAGAGGAGGGACGGAGCUGGAGGGACCAGGAAGACAGACAGCUACCUGAUAGGCCAGGUCAAACAGGAAGUACAGGACGAUGCCAAGGCCGAAGCCAGAGACCCAGAGACCCAGAACCCCAACCCCCAAGCCGGGGUCAGCACCGCCAACAGAACCCCCAGACCUCCAGGAGCCGAGACAGCCGGCUCCAACCAGCCUGGCUCCUCCACUGCCCUCAGCAAGGUGGAGGACUCUGCUUCUGAUCCAGGGGCACUGCCAGCUCUCCAGGCCCAAGAACAGGCUCCAUCAUCAGGCAUGGCUCCCAGGGUUCACCCCCCCAUGACUGGAGGUCAACCAUCAGUCUUCCAGCAGCUGCAGAGACCAUUUGGACCCUCCUCGUCUCCUUCGGCUCUGUUCUCCUCCCAUCCUCAGGGUCUCCUGCACCCUCCACUGUCCCUCCAACCCCCCCAGCCGCGCCUCCUCCUCAGCCCCCAGACCCAGUCUCUACACCCAGGGACCUCCCCCCAGAGCCAGGCUGUCUUCCCCCAGGACCAGGACCAGGACCAGGACCAGAGCAAGCACAGGCCCCUGCUCUUGGAGGAGCAGCCACUUCUCCUGCAGGACCUUCUAGACCAGGAGCGGCAGGAGCAGCAGCAGCAGAAACAGAUGCAGGCCCUGAUCCGACAGAGGUCCACCCCAGAGUCUGUGGUACCCAACAUCGCAGACUUUGACACCAUCUCUGACCCCAUCAUGAAGGCCAAGAUGGUGGCUCUGAAGGGCAUCAACAAGGUCAUGACCCAGGGCAACCUGGGACUCAACCCCAUGGUCAUCAACAGGUUCCAGCAGGCUCCAGUAACUCAGGUGGCCCAGGUGGCCCAGGUGGCCCCGGUGGCCCCGGUGGCCCCGGUGGCCCAGGUGGCCCAGGUGGCCCCGGGUCCAGAGGGGCCUCCUCAGCCUCCACAGCUGGUGGGACAGGACGGGAAGUUGAACCCCCAGCUGGUGCGACCCAACCCCCCCAGCUUCGGCCCGGGCUUCGUCAACGAGUCUCAGCGGCGUCAGUACGAGGAGUGGUUGGGGGAGACGCAGCAGCUCCUACAGAUGCAGCAGCGCCUCCUGGAGGAUCAGAUCGCCGCUCACCGCAAGUCCAAGAAAUCCCUGUCGGCCAAACAGCGGACGGCCAAGAAGGCUGGCCGACCCUUCGCAGAGGAGGACGCCGCCCAGCUCCGCCACAUCACCGAGCAGCAGGGGACGGUCCAGAAACAGCUGGAGCAGAUCCGGAAGCAGCAGAAGGAUCAUGCGGAGCUGAUCGAGGACUACAGGACCAAGCAGCAGCAGCAGAGAGCCCUGCAGCAACCGGCCGCCCCCCCCAUGAUGCCUGCAGGAGCCCCCCCCAUUCCACAGACGCUCCUCUCCCAGCCCAUGGUGUCCAUGCAGCCCCACCCGGCUGGUGCCACGCCGUCCAGAGUUCAAAAUGUCCCCCCUGGUUGGACCCCAGGGGGCGUGGCCCCGGGGGUCAUUGCACAGAGAAUGCCGCCACACCUGCCCCCUCAGAUGCCCCCUGCCCUGCCUAACACCCCCCAGACUCGCCCACACACCCAGACUCCCCCAGCCAUGGUUCCCAGCCUCACUGCUCCGACAGCGGGCUUCACCACAGGCCCCAGGGGCCCCGCUGGAGGGCCCAAUGGAGCAGCAGGGGACGGAGCCGCCCCCCCUCGUCAGGUGAACUUUGAUGACAACAACCCGUUCAGCGAGGGUUUCCAGGAGAGGGAGAGGAGGGAGAGGCUGAGGGAGCAGCAGGAGAGGCAGAGAGUUCAGCUCAUGCAGGAGGUGGAGCGCCAUCGAGCCUUGCAGCAGAGACUGGAGCUGGAGCAGCAAGGCCUCCUGGGAGCCUCAAUGGGUCCUGGAGCCGGAGCUCUGUCGGGGGCUCGAGUCGGGCAGACACCAGGACCUGGGGGUCCUGCUGGGUCAGCACCUGUCUCAGGAGGGGACGGUCUCUCCCAGAUGCCUUUCUUCAGUUCUGAACUGCCUCAGGACUUCCUCCAGUCCCCCCCGGCCUCCAGACCUCCCCCACAGCACCAGGGCCAGACGGGGGCGUUCCCCCAACAGGCAGGCCUCCACCAGGGCUUCCCAGGAGGACCCCUGCACCCGGGACCUCAUCCGGCUCCAGGUCUGCAGUCUGGGGCCACAGCUGAGCACGGCAUCGUGGAUCUGGGUCCUUCAAACUUCCAAACCAGACCCAGGUUCUCAGGCCCCACCGGGCCCUCGGGGGCCCAGGGACCGGUACGGCCGGCAGGAAUGACCCCCUCCAAUCCUGGUCAGACUCAUCGAUACGGACACGACUCCUCCUCUUCUUCCCCCUCUACCCCCUUCCCCCCCUCCUUCCCCUGCUCCUCCUCUGGCCCCGCCUCCCUCGCCCAGCUCUACUCUGACAUAAUCCCUGACGACAAACCAAAGAAGAAGAGGAGCAGGAAGAGGGACGGGGACGAUGGUGGAGGAGGAGCCAGGACGCCGCUGUCCUCGCACUCUGAUGAUAUCACAGCUCCGCCCACUCCUGCUGUCUCAGACACUUCCUGCUCCACGCCCACUCGGGGCAGCAUGGACCAAUCAGAUCUGUCCUUCUCUCUAAGCUCCUCCCUAUGCGCUCUGGCUCCGUCGUCGGAGUUGGAGAGGCAGCUGUCCGUCCUCUCCGCAGCCCAGCAGAGAGGCUCCGUCCUGGGCAUGGAGUCUCUGAGAGGUCCCCUGUCUGCAGCUCGUCUGGAGGUCAAGGAGGAGCGUGAGGAGGGAAGUGCGUGUGGGGGAGGCGUGGUGAAGAUGGAAGACGGUGGAGUUGGGGGAUUCUCCUCCCCCUCUCCUCUCCAUGGGGGUGACGGAGGGAAGGAGCUGCUCAGACACCUGCUGAAGGACAAGACGUCCCCGGCUGCCACGCCAUCACCCACCGGCCAAGCCCCGCCCUCCGCCCGCCGCCAGCUGUCCAAUGAGAGCGCCCGGUCUGAGGAGGAGGACAGACCUGGUUCCCAUGGAAACAUGGUGAGCAGUCCAGACCUCCUGGACUCCUCCGGCAGAAAGAAGACAACUCAGCGUUGCAAGAGACCAGCUCGGCCGGAGAAAGACCGAGCUCCUCCUAAAAACAAGAGGAGGAAGAAAGAGGAGGAGGAGAAGACGCUUCACUCCUCCACCAUCUCCUCCUCGGACCAGCUGACUCACCUCACACAGCUGACUGUGCUGCCCCUCAUGGAGCCGGUUCUCGGGGUGGACCUGAGUCUGUUCCCCCCGUACGGCAGCUCCUCUCUCGGCAGAGACUCCAGACUCUCCGGCUCCUUCGGAAAUGCCUGCCUGGAUGGAGUCACAGACUACUACUCCCAGCUUAUAUACAAGAAUAACCUCAGUAACCCCCCCACCCCGGCCUCCCUGCCCCCCACCCCGCCGCCUGUUGCGAGGCAGAAACUGGUGAACGGCUUUGCCACAACGGAGGAGCUGUCAAGAAAGGACAUCACGGAGCCGGAUGGUGAGAACAGGAUGAAAUUGAAAGGUGUAAAGCAGAAGGGGGAGGGGCUUCUGGCUCUAAACCACGCCUCUAAGACUGUAGACGUCCCCGCCUCCCUCCCGACCCCCCCCCACAACAAUCAGGAAGAGCUCAGGGUCCAGGACUCGUCGGAGCGCCACAGUCCCGACGGCUUCGUCCCGUCGUCGUCUCCUGAGAGCGAGGUCGAUACGGAGCUCAGCAGGUACCCCGACCUCUCCUUCAUCAAGCUGGAGCCGCCCUCGCCCUGCCCGUCGCCUACAUUACCCAUCAUGCCCUGCGCCUGGGGAAAAGGCUCUGCAGUGAAACAGGAAGUGAAGGCGGAGCCUAACCAUCAGGGUCCUCCCUCCUGCUCUAACACAGACCUGGUUACCAUAGCAAUAACCCUAAACCCUGUUGCAGCUCAGAGCGUUGCAGGUGUCAUGGCGGCGGUGGCGGAGCUGUUGAGGGUUCCCGUCCCCGCUGACUACCAGCUGAGCCGACCGGCCGGCCCCGAGCGCAGCUCACUGUCCCUACUGGCUGGAGUCAGAGUGCCUCUGAUACAGGUGUGUGUGUGUGUGUGUGUGUGUGUGUGUUGUGUACAGUGUGUGUGUGUACAGUGUGUGUACUGUGUGUGUGUACAGUGUGUGUACAGUGUGUGUUCUAGUAAGAAGACAGUCACAGACGUCAUUUUAGUAACUGACUGUGUGUGUGUGUGUGUGCAGGGUUCAACAGGCAGCAGACAGCAGAGACCUCCUGCUACAGGACACACAGCUGUCAGAAUGGACUACAUCCAACAUGGCGGCUCUGUUGCUGCCAGGCCUCAGUGUUGCAGCCACUGUAAAGGGCUGCUGGGAAACGGAGUCCGCAUCAUCAAGGAGCUCAAACAGGAGUCCAGUCCGGUGUUCUGCAGUCCCAGCUGCUCCUCCUUGUACACAUCGGAGCUACAGAGCAGAACAGCAGGGAACCAGGCUGCCGACCCCCCCAGCAGAGUGCAGCACCAGUACACCAACAACAUGUCCUCCAUCGCCGUCCACUCCCUCCUCCUCACCCCCUCCUCACCGGCCCCCACCGCCUCCUCCCCGCCUCUCUCCUUCCCCCCCGCCUCCACCAUCACCAUGGAGACCAGGCCUCGCAUGGACAGCCUCAAGGUGAAGGUGAAGUUAAAGCCCCGCCCCCGAGCUGUCCCAGGUGGAGAGGACUCGCUGUCGUCUCGCCACAUGAAGAGGACGAAGAGUUGCCGCUGGAGACGCUGGAGCGUUAGCAUCACCCUGAGCAGGGGCCCUUGCAUUCCCAACGAGGCGGUUGCCAUGCCAACGGAGGAGGAAGUGGAUGUUCUGUUGAAGAAGUUGGGGGCGUGUCUUCGUCCUGACCCGCUACCCAAAGACCAGCGGAGGUGCUGCUUCUGUAACCAGCAGGGAGACGGACAGACGGACGGACCAGCCAGACUGCUGAACCUGGACCUGGAUCUGUGGGUCCAUCUGAACUGUGCUCUGUGGUCCAGCGAGGUGUACGAGACUCAGGCCGGCGCUCUGAUCAACGUGGAGCUGGCUCUGAGACGAGGUCUGACUCUGCGCUGUGCUCACUGUCAGCAGACCGGAGCCACGAGCGGCUGCAACCGCCUCCGCUGCACCAACACCUACCACUUCACCUGCGCGCUGCAUGCCCACUGCACCUUCUUCAAGGAUAAGACCAUGCUCUGUCACCUGCACAAGCCCAGGACGGUCCCUCUCAGUGGGGACAGGUCCUCCAGCUGCUCCCCCUCCUCCACCCCGGGGCCGACCCCCGACCCCGUGGCGGUCUGUGACCCGUACGACUCCGAGCUGCGCUGCUUUGCCGUGUUCCGGCGGGUGUUUGUGCAGCGGGACGAGGCGCGGCAGAUUGCCGCCGUGGUGCAGCGCGGCGAGCGGCAGCACACCUUCCGGGUCGGCAGCCUGCUGUUCCGGACCAUCGGCAGGCUCCUCCCACAGCAGAUGAACGCCUUCCACAACAAGGCCGCCAUCUUCCCCAUCGGUUACCACGCCAACCGCAUUUACUGGAGCAUGCGUCACAGCAGCAGACGCUGUAAGUACCUGUGCUCCAUCGAGGAGCAGCAGGGUCAGCCGCUGUUCACUGUGAGGGUGGUGGAGAAAGGUUACGAUGACCUCAUACUGACCGGAACCACGCCCAAAGCUGUGUGGGACCAGAUACUGGAGCCUGUCUCACAGUUGAGGUCGUCCACUGGGACUCUGAAGCUUUUCCCAGUUUACCUGAAAGGAGAAGAUCUGUUCGGAUUGACCACGUCUGCAGUGACCAGGAUCAUCGAGUCUCUGCCAGGUGUGGAGAGCUGUGAGCGUUACACCUUCCGUUAUGGCAGGAAUCCUCUGAUGGAGUGGCCUCUGGCCUUCAACCCGUCGGGUUCGGCCCGCUCUGAACCCAAAGCCUACCAGGCCAAAAGACCCAACCUGUUGACCAGCGUCGCUCCCAGGUGUCAGGGCUCGGUGGGCUCCAUCGUGGGCCUCGUGCCCGGUGUCAUCUCUCUGUCUCCGGGCGAGUCGAUAGCCGGAGCUCACCAGGGCCGCCACUCCAAGUCGUCCCAGUACCGACGCAUGAAGGCCGAGUGGAAGACCAACGUGUACCUGGCCCGCUCUCGCAUCCAGGGUCUGGGUCUGUACGCUGCCAGAGACAUUGAGAAAUGCACCAUGGUCAUUGAGUACAUCGGCACCAUCAUCAGGAGCGAAGUGGCCAAUCGUAAGGAGAGGCUGUACGAGUCCCAGAACCGCGGUGUGUACAUGUUCCGGAUCGAUAACGACUUUGUGAUCGACGCCACAAUCACCGGAGGACCGGCCAGGUACAUCAACCACUCGUGUUCUCCCAACUGUAUCACAGAGGUGGUCAGUGUGGAGAAAGAGAACAAGAUCAUCAUCAGCUCCUGCAGACGCAUCCAGAGAGGAGAGGAGCUGUCUUACGACUACAAGUUUGACCUGGAGGACGAUCAGCAUAAGAUCCCCUGUCACUGUGGAGCCGUCAACUGCCGCAAAUGGAUGAACUGACACACACACACACACACACACACACACAGGCAGCUCGCUCUCUCUCUCUGUUGGUGCUGAAACUGGAUGUCGAUCGCCCGUCACUCUGUGGGCGGAGCUACGCUUCAUAUCAGAAGUCACAAUAAGAAUAAUAAUAAAGCUGAUUGGGGGCGGGGUUAUAAUAUGGGGCAGGUGAGGGGGCGGGGCUUAUGUCGAGGCUGGUCCUCUGUGUGUAUAUUGGCUGUAAAUGACCACAGAUGUAAAUGUGAAAUAACAGAAUGUCGUCGUCCUCCAACAAGGUUCAUUAAGUUGCACUAAAACACCAGAAAACUACAAAAACAGAGAAAUCCCCAGAGAAACAUUCUUCCUCUUCCUCCUCCUCCUCCUUCUGCGUUUUGUUAAUUUCCUGUAAAAUAAGAGAUUUGUUUCUUUUUGUAUUUAUUACUGAAUGAAGAUAUUUUCUGAAUCCACGGUGAGUUCGAGGUCCGGAGACGCAGCGUGUAAAUAUCUGUAUCAUAAAUUUAAAAGCAGACAAAGAGUUUAGAGUUCACUCCACCGAGAGCUACCUUAACAUCCUCAUCCUCACCUUCAUCGCCUGCCGACCGCAGCGUUCUUCUGUUCUCCGGCUCCGCUUCCUGUCCCGGCGCUGGAGGCGCUGCGUUCUGAUUGGAUGAAGACGAACUGCUUCCUGGGAGUCGGGCGGGUUUCACUGCGGCCUUCAUCUGACUUGAGUGUCUUUGUGUUUGUGUCACCCAGAGUUUUGGCUGCAGGCGUCUGUUUUUAGGUUGUUUUUCACUCUGUGGAGUCGAGUCCUGCUGUACAUACGAGCUUUUAUCAGGACUCUGCUGACCUGUACAGUUAGACGACAUAAAGCCUUGUUUUUGUUUUUUAUUAUUGGACGUAAACAGAGUGUGAUGAUGAUGAUGAUGAUGAUGAUGAUGAUGUUUGUUUGUUUGUUUUUUGGGGGAAAAUGUGGAAUCUGAUUUAGAAUCAUUUACAGAAAAUAAAAUAUUUUACAUCUUGAAGAAACAACA